GUUGGUACAUUAGUUGGCCCAUUUCCAAGCUCUCACUGACCAAGAGGAGCUUACAGUCUAAUUGAACCCCCAAACCCCAGCCCCUGUAUAACCAGUUUAAUAUAAAUAUGAUUUCCCCUUUACACGGAUAUAAACAGAUAAUAUGUGAGUUUCUCUCCCAUCAUCUCUGUUGCCCCAACACGACUCUCAGCCCAUAAACAAGAGUUUGUCGAAGUCGGAACUGGAAUUCCUUGUUGGCAUCAGAACUGGGAGAGAGAAGGAAGGGAACGCUCAGGGUUCCAGCCCCCCCCCCACGCUGGGAGUUGGACUGGGCAGGGAUCAAGGUGACUGGAAGGGACUGGAAUUCCCUCUCACCUGGAGCUCAUUCUUAUUCCGCACACAGUCGCCCCGGGACGUUCCGCUCCACUUGCCAAGGACUUUAUAAUUGCGACUUUAACUGCAGCGCGGGAUUGUGGGACUGUGACAGCUGCGGGCGAGUGUUGGGGAGUCUCUGCUUGUACCCCGAUUUAUGGGACCUUGGGAUAACAAGAAGGUCACACGGUCCUGAUACAGGAGACAAAUGUGAGACCCGUGAGCCCUUUCUCGCCCCCCCGUGUGACAUCACUUCAGACCUCGUUAGUGAUUGGACGGACUCAUCAUGAGCAACGUGUUGGUUAUUGAGCAGAGGGAAGGAGAGGAGAAAACCCUCAUACAGAAACAUCUGUUCCGCCCCUUCCCUCAUACCCGCAGGGUGGUUAUAGGUGAGGGGGGCAAGUGUGUAUUAUGUACAGGGUUGGACUUAACACAGAGAUGCCCCAGGGACUGUAUAGAUGCCCAGUACACUGCCCCCUGGUGCCCAGGCUGUGCCCAUCACACUCUUCCUCUCUCAGCCCAUAGGUGGCUCCAACAGGAGCUUGGGGGGAACGUGCUGCUCCGGUUCCUCUCCUGGGUCGUGUACCCCAUUGCGCUCGUUGCCUUCUCUACCGGAUUCGCUCAGAGCAUCACCCCACACUCAGGGGGUUCUGGAAUCCCGGAAUUAAAGACCAUUCUGUCUGGAGUGAUUCUAGAGGAAUAUCUCACCAUCAAGAACUUCGGGGCCAAGGUCGUGGGUCUGACCUGCACUCUCUCGGCCGGCAGCACCGUCUUCCUGGGCAAAGUGGGCCCGUUCGUGCACCUCUCCAGCAUGAUUGCGGCCUACUUGGGCAGGAUGCGCACAUCCGUCACUGGGGAUUAUGAGAAUAAGAGCAAAGAGCAUGAGAUGCUGGUGGCGGCGGCUGCCGUGGGAGUGUCCACAGUCUUUGGAGCACCAAUCAGUGGGGUGCUGUUCAGCGUGGAAGUGAUGUCGUCGCAUUUCGCUGUGCGGAAUUACUGGCGCGGGUUCUUUGCAGCGACCUGCGGAGCCCUCAUGUUCCGCCUCCUAGCUGUGUUCAACAGUGAGCAGGAAACAAUCACCGCCGUAUUCAGAACCAGUUUCAAGAUCAGUUUCCCCUUUGACCUCCCAGAGAUGUUCUUCUUUGCCAUUUUGGGGGUGCUCUGUGGGCUGAUUGGCUGCGCCUAUCUCUUCUGUCAGCGAUGGCUCCUCGGAUUCGUCAGGAGAAAUUCCCUCACUUCCAAGUUAUUGGCCUCUGAUAAACCCAUGUACUCGGCGCUGGUGGCUCUCCUGGUCUCCUGCAUAACCUUCCCCGAGGGCCUGGGGCAGUUCCUGGCAUCAAGGCUGACGAUGAAGGAGCUUCUCACCUCCCUGUUUGACAACCGGACGUGGUGGACCCUUUCCCAGAAUGCUUCACUGGCCCGGGCCCCUGUGGUCGACCCCAACAACUUGUGGCUGGAAUGGGCCGACCCGCAAUUCACUAUAUUCGGAACCCUGACUUUCUUCAUCGUCAUGAAGUUCUGGAUGUUCAUUUUGGCCACAACUCUGCCCAUGCCGGCCGGGUACUUCAUGCCGGUGUUUGUGUUCGGUGCCGCCAUUGGGCGCUUGGUCGGGGAGACCGUGGCUUUUCUUUUUCCUGGGGGAAUCACCGCAGAUGGGAUUGUUAACCCUAUCAUUCCAGGAGGCUAUGCCCUGGCAGGGGCUGCGGCUUACUCGGGGGCGGUUACCCACUCGGUCUCGACCGCGCUGCUCGCAUUCGAAGCCACAGGACAGAUUGCGCACAUCCUGCCGGUGCUGCUUUGCGUAUUAAUCGCUAACGCUUUCACCCAGAAGUUGCAGCCGUCGUUCUACGAUGGAACCAUCAUUGUGAAGAAACUGCCCUAUCUGCCCCGCAUCCGGAGCCGCGACAUUAAUUCCUAUAAGGUGAAUACAGAGGAGUUUAUGAAUCCAGAUGUCACGGUUCUGGCCCGAGAAGCCGGAUUUGAAGAUGUUCUGAAAGUCAUAACCGGGUCCGACGACUCCGAGUUCCCAGUGGUGGAUAAUACAGAGUCGCAGAUAUUGGUGGGCACAAUCAAGAGGUCCCAGCUGGUCCAUUUCCUGGAGACCCACGAGUCCAAGCAGCAAGCGAGCAGCACAGAGAAAGAGCACUGGGCUGAAGGCCUCGGGGAGACCAUAGAGCCGGUCACAUUCCAACUCUCCACAUGGACAUCUCUACACCAGGCCCAUCAUCUCUUUGAGCUCCUGAAUCUCCAGAAAGCGUUUGUGACUAAGUUUGGCCGGAUUGUGGGGCAGGUCACCCGGAAAGAGAUGAAGAAAGCAAUUGAGGAGCUUGCGAACCCCAAGUGAUCAAUUUGGUUGGAGCCGGAGCAGUCUGGGGGGGACGGAUAGGGCCCCCGAGUGGGCGAGAAACACCUUUCCUCCUUUAGCCGUUGCUGAACUAUCAUUCCCCCCAGUAGCAGGUUCUACACAUCCCCCAGUGGAAUGAUUGCAGACACUGACCCAAGAACUGACAAUCUAAAGCAGCCACGUCUGUAUUUAAAGGCAAAGUACACUUAGUAACAUUUACUCUUGAAUCAAACACAUACUUUCCACUCGACUGAGUCUAUUCUGCCACUUACCUGCCAACCCCCCCCCUUGAUGCCUUUGUCCAACAGAUUCCUGCCUGCGCCAGAUGCAUCAAUAAAUCUUUAUACUCUGUAUCCCACUGUAAUAGGAUUAUACCAGUCCUGCAGUUCCUAUAGGAGCCAUUAGGUGGUGCUAGAAUACCAUAAGAAUUCCAUAUAAGGUUGAGAAAGGGGGCUCCCUAGCACCCAGUAUUUAAUCCUCCCUUACCCCCCCCCCACAAACAGACUCUUUGUUACUUGUGACACCGUUUUUAUUGGAUUUCAGAGAAGCUGUUGCACCUGAGCUUUUACAACCACCCGUCGACAGGGCGCCAGGAGCAGCGCGGUGGUUAUAAAAGGACACAUCAAACACACGUUGCACAUUGUAGCUCACAUACGGUGCCCACGGGAAGCCACACUGCUCCAUCGAUAGAACAUACAAAAAUAUAUCACCUGCAGAAGAUAAACACAAGGGUGGGGGGGUGGAGGGUGGCGUCGCCCCGGUUGUGCCCCCGAUAAUCGCCGUCACAUUGAUUUGGUUCUGGUGAAGGGCCCAAGAUACUCUUUUAAUUAGAAAAUGUAAAGUUCCUGCUUCACCUCUAAA